UCCCGCAAAGAUUUUAAAAAAAUCCCGCAUGCGGGAUCCCGCAAACACGAUUUUGCCGACCUCUAAAGAAACAAGAACUCCUGCUAGACUCAAAUAUCCCCUCCCAUAAUUUAAUUCAAAAUUCCACUGCAACAUAACGCCAAAUUUAUUUUUGUUUUUCUUCAUAUAAAAGCUGUAGUUCUUUCAUUUUCUAGUCAUUAUUAACAAUCGAGCUUUUUUUCUUAAAAUACAUUUAAAGAGUGUUUUGGGUCUUACAUUAAUUAUUUUUUUAUUUUUAUUGAUUUUUUAGGGAUUUUAAAAAAGUAAUUAAGCAAUUCUACGUAAUGUCUGUUGAACAAUUGAGUCAUCAACUGUCUUUGGCUCAUGCUCGAAUCACUUCUCAGGAUCAGCAAAUUGCUUCUCAACAAGCUCAACUUAACAAAUUGACUAGAAUGAUGGGACUUCCAGCGGUGUUUGUUGGUUAUUGUGGCCGAUUUGAGCGUAGAUCCUGCAGUCUUUAUAAUGAGGGAUAUACUGGAACAGUGCCUUUCAGUCUGUGCAAUGACAAAAACUUUAUUUUCAUCAACCAUACAUCGGAAUGGGAAUUACAGUUCAAUCCUGAACGAAAACUCAUUCUGGACUUGGACGAAAUUGAAGGUCCAAUAACAAUUGGUUCUGGAAUUGUUUGGCCAUCAAAGAACAAAUUCUAUAAAAAUGAAGUUCCGCAUAUUUUUUUCACGAUCAAUGGGCAGAAGAUUGGAAAAUACAUUCCUGUUGACUCUCCCUCGGAUAUGUUCCAUCCAAAAUAUGACUGCCAUGAUGAUGAUGCUGUGGUUAAAGUUAGUCUUGUUCGAGGUUUCCGCUAUGAUGUGGUCAACCAAGACUUUGGAGACGAUGUGUACAAUGUGGGAGACUGGCCAAAAAUAUUUAAGUGA